AUGAAAGCACAAACCUUCCUUCUUGCCCACGUGCUUCUGCACUCAACUCGGGCACUUUCGUUACCCGACGAUGUUCAUGCCGCCCUGACACCCAGGACCGACUCCAAGAAGCCCUCCAUCGAGUGGUCCAAAUGUGACCUGAACUUUCGUGACAAGGCUAAGAACGAAGCCCAGAAGAAGUUCGAUUGUGCUAGAUUUGAGGUUCCUCUUGACUACAUGAACUCGAGCGAUGGCAAGACGAUCAAAUUGGACUUGAUCCGUGCCAAAGCUACUAAGGAGCCCUCCAUGGGUAGCGUUCUCUACAACCCAGGCGGACCAGGUGGCUCGGGUGUCGAGGCCGUAUUGACAGGUGCAGAGGCAAUGCUCCCUGUUCUCGGUGGGCACUACGAUAUCAUCGGGUUUGAUCCACGCGGUACCGGGCGUACCAUUCCCUUUGAUUGCCCGACCGCUGAAGAAAUCCUUGCUAACGCAGGUAAUCUCCAUCGCCGAGAAUUCCACACACUUCCUCAAUUUGAUGUCUGGGAAGAUGUCAAGACUGAGGGGUGGCAAAUGUUUCGUCAAGUGGCUCAGUUAUGCUGGGAAGAACAUCGAGACACUGGUCGUUUCAUUGGGACUCCCUUUGUUGCAAGAGAUAUGAUGGCAAUCGUCGACGCUCUCGGCCAAGGCGACAAAUUAAACUACUGGGGCAGCUCCUAUGGCACUAUUCUUGGCCAAGUUGUAGCCUCAAUGUUCCCCAAGCGCGUCGGCCGCAUCCUUCUUGACGCGAACCUAAACGCCGACGACUACCUUGCAGGAACCUGGUUAACCGGCACGUUUGAUACAGAGAGGUCGCUUGCCAACCUAUUCAAUGACUGUGUCAUGUCCGGCAAGGAUCUAUGCUCUCUAGCCGAUUACCACGGCAAGAGCACGACCGGGGAGAGCUUGAUGAACGAAUUCAGGAGCAAGUCAGAAGAUGUUGCACUGUCGUAUCAAACCAAAGAGCAGAUCUUGCAGCCUCUGUACAAUCCCAUCUACUUCCCGACUGCCAUUAAAGCUAUCGAGGAUCUCUUCACUGGGAAAACGCCCGACAACAGCACUGGAGGCGCGAGUGGCACGAAAUGGAACCGCCAGCAAGACAUGGCAUUGUUUGGUAUCGCGUGUAGUGACAGCACUUUCCGUGUAGAAGACCCCGACGACCUCUUCUCGGUGUAUCAAGCUCACUAUGCUGAGAGCUCAUUUGCCGAUGUUACAAUUAAGGGCCGAGUGGGUUGCGCCAGCUGGAAAUUCUCGGCUGCUGAGCGAACUGAUCUCAACACACUUCGCAACGUCAACACCAGUUAUCCCAUCCUGGUCGUCAAUGGUAGAUAUGACCCAGCCACAUCUCUGCGUAGCGCAUGGGAAGUUUCUACCAAGUUCAGAGGAAGUCGAGUUGUUGUCCAUGAAGGCGCCGGUCACGGUCUUACCGCCCAUCCCUCAAAUUGCACCAACAACAUCGUUGCGAAGUACUUUAUCGAUGGAGAAAUGCCCGAGGUCAACACCACCUGCAGCGCCGACAUGACUGCUUUUGAAUACGUUGAUUCAUUGAUUAAGGGGAGUGAUGAGGAAGAUUAG